AUCGCAAACAAAUUUUCUGUGACUCCAUUUUGGGUCUUGACCACAGGCGGAUAUCUACAGAGCUGCACUGGAGAAACAUCAGCCAUGGAUGAUGAUGACUAUAAUUACAUGCUCUACCUGCAGAAUAUGAAUACAACAGAGGAUCCGAGCCACGUGGUCAGUGAACUUGUCCAGCUGUGUGCCAAAAGGACUGUUAACAUGUUUGGUGCAAAAUUGAUCCCAGUGUUCUACUAUGUUAACUUCCUCCUGAGUUACCUCGGAAAUGGCCUUGUCCUCCUCAUUAUCUUCAAGUAUGAGAAGCUCACCACAGUCACAAACAUCUUUCUGCUGAAUUUGGUGCUUUCCAAUCUCCUGUUUGCCUCCAGUUUGCCUUUCUGGGCUACCUACCAUUUGUCUGAAUGGAUCUUUGGAGAAGCUCUGUGUAAAAUGGUCAGCAGUGCUUAUUUCAUCGGUUUCUACAGCUCCAUCCUCUUCCUCACUCUCAUGACAUUUGACCGAUACCUGGUUGUGGUGCAUGCGCUUGCAGCUUGCAAGCGCAGAAAGAAAAAGUAUGCCAUAAUAUCGUCUGUCAUUGUUUGGUGUAUCAGUAUUUCAGCAAGUGUUAAAGAGUUGGUCCUUCGAAAUGUGUGGAAGAGCUCGAUGCAAGGCAAAAUGUGUGAAGAAUCAGGGUUAUCAGCAAGCAGUAUGAGAGUCUGGCGUUUGGUCAGUUACUAUCAACAGUUCAUGAUUUUCUUCCUAUUACCUCUCAUAAUGGUCAUGUACUGCUACGUUAGGAUCACACUGCGGAUUCUCUCCACCCGGAUGAAGGAGAAGUGUCGAGCCAUAAAGCUAAUAUUUGUAAUCAUCUUCACAUUUUUUGUCUGCUGGACACCCUACAAUAUUGUAUGCCUUCUUCGAGCAAUUCAUAUAUCAGCUGUUGAAACUGACAAGGAAGAAUCAUGUUCCACCAAACAAAACCUAGAUUAUGCAUAUUACUUGACCCGAAACAUUGCAUACUUGUAUUGUUGUAUUAGUCCAAUGUUUUACACAUUUCUAGGGAAAAAAUUCCAGAGUCACUUCAAUAAACUGGUGAUUAAGAAAAUUCCCUGCCUGUCCAGACACAUUAGCUUCAACAGCCAGAGCACUAGAAGCACGUCACAGAGAACACCUCACUCUGUUUAUGAAUACUGAGCAAACAUAAAAAUCCCGAUCUUUUAAAGGAUACACAAUGUCAUAAUGCACUCUCGUGACAUGAUACAAUAAUAAAUAUUCUCCUCUACUAGCUUGGCCAUUAUGACAUGUUACACAUUUAACUUUCCUUUGUCUCUGCAGGUCAUUUCAGACUGUAAGCCUUUAGAUUCAAUUUUGAAGGGAAUCUUUUGUUAUAUUUACAGCCAUGAAGUGCCAGAUUUAAAACUUUGUGAACAAAGAGAAGUUAUGUUUGAAAUCUGGUCAGUUUAAUUAUUACUGUUGUGAAAAAAUAUAUUGAAUGAUUUUGAAUUUCUUCUUAUAAUGGUUUUAAAUAUAAUGAUAUGCUUACAAUGAUCAUUUUAAUGCAAAGUGUUUUCAAAUUGUGGUCAUCUGGGAACAAAUGGUAACACUUUAUUGAAGGGGGGUGAAUAAGACUGGCAUGACACUGUCAUAAACAUGACAUAAC